UGGUGUAUCUACGUACAGUAUGUGAUCAGAGCAGAUCUCUCUCUCACACACACAGAGACAGAAAUUCGCACCCUUUCAGCACGGAUCAGCACAAACUUACCGUCAGAAGAUGCCUUCAGGGAAAAUCCGCUGUACACGCCGACUGCGCUCGUGGCUCGUGGAGCAGGUGAGCAGUGGGAAAUAUCGUGGCCUAGUAUGGGACGAUGAUGAGAAGACGAUGUUUCGUAUCCCGUGGAAACAUGCCGCAAAACAUGACUUCCGCAGUGACGAGGACGCAGCUAUCUUUAAGGCAUGGGCUGAGUUUAAAGGGAAGUUGUGUGAGAAUGACCCUGCUGGUCCAGCGUCGUGGAAAACACGUCUACGUUGUGCUCUAAAUAAAAGCCCAGAGUUCAGAGAGGUCGCUGAGAGGUCACAGCUCGACAUCUCCGAACCCUACAAAGUGUACCAGCUCGUCCCGCUCGAUGAGCAGGGACUGACUGAGGUGAAACGAGAAGAAGAGGAGAAAGACGUGAAGAGGAGUAAACACAGAAAGAGGAGGAGCAACUCGCAGAUAAACGAAGAGAGUCCAAAGAAGUGGAUUAAAGAGGAGGAGGCAGCUGUUGCGGCUCAGAACAUUAGCAUGGAAGCUGAAGUCACUACAGGAAGUGACAUCUCUGUGCAUCCUGAUGAACAAAUAGAGCAUGCUGAUAUGAUGAAGCGUGAUGGAGUCAUCGAUGAGAUUCACUUAAACCUCACAGUGGAAACCAUCCCGCCUCCUGGACAAGUCAGAGAAUGUCCCUCGUUCCUCAUCAGGGUUUAUUACCUUGGAGUGGAGGUGCUGAGUAGAGAGGUGAUGAGUGAUGACGUUCGCAUCGCUUUCCUCCCGCCAUCUCCGGCUCCACCCUCUGUAAACAGUACAGGUUUUCCUCGAGUUCCUCUUCCUCUUCCUCCCUCCGACCUCACUUCCAAUCAGAUCAGAUCCAUCUCCACCCUGCUGCCGUACAUGGAUGGCGGCAUUGUUCUUGCCACGUCGAGUCGAGGUGUUUACGCUAAACGUCUCUGUCAGGGGCGAGUCUUCUGGAGGGGACCACACACUCUCACAAACACGGCGAGCAAGAUGGAGAGAGGCGUGAAACCAACACUGAUCUUUAACAAGCAAUUCUUCAAACAAGAGUUGGAGCAGUUCCGUAAUGGUGGAAAAGAACCUGAAACUGAGAUCACGCUCUGUUUUGGAGAGGAACUUUUGGAAGGAGAUGACAUUUCUCAGAAACUCAUCAUCAUUAAGAUCAGUCUACCCUGGGCUGAGAAACAGAUCAAGGAUGUCCAGGCAUGGAUACAGUCCAUCUCCUUCUUGCAGAGUUUAGCCCAGCAGUCUCCAUCAGGAGAAAUCACACUCAGUCUGGUGGAGUUUCCUGAACAGACUGUCCCUGUGCUCUAAUCGAUCUCCUGUAGUCUAUGUCAUGUCUGAAGUAAUACUUCAGAGUGCGCACUACAUGGAGCAUUUCAGCUUCCUCCUGAGAGAUAUUCUGUAAAAUUGCAUUAUUACUGUCUUUAGCGUCUCUCUAUUAACAAAUUGAGUCUUGUGCUUCUUAUUGUAAAACACUAAUACACGCUAAAACACCAUUGCUAUUAAUGUUACAUAUUAAGUUGUUUAAACAGAGAUGAUUGUGUAUUGUUCUUGUUUGACAAAUUUUAGCAUGACUUUAAAUUAAACAUUAAAAUUUAAUUAUGAUGACCAGCA